GCGGGCGGCGAGGGGGCGAAAGCCCCGGAUGUUCGUUGGGGAUUCAACAUGGCGGCGGCAGUGGCCGCGCUGGCGGCGGCGCGAGGGGGCUGAAGGCGGCGCGGAAGGCCGCGUUCCGAGCCGGGCAGUCAGGCCGCGAGCGACUGCGGCGCCGAGCCGAUGAGGAACUCGAAGCUCCUUGAGGAGACGCCGCCUGCUCACGGGCCCUGCUAGCACCGCCAGCAUCCACACAGCCGUCGGGAGGGCAGCAGGAAGAAAUGGGUCCUGGAGCCCGUCCCCACUGAGAGCGCAGGCACCCGCGAGGCCGCCGCCAUGUUCGGGAAGAAGAAGAAGCGAGUGGAGAUCUCGGCGCCGUCCAACUUCGAGCACCGCGUGCACACGGGCUUCGACCAGCAUGAGCAGAAGUUCACGGGGCUGCCCCGCCAGUGGCAGAGCCUCAUCGAGGAGUCGGCGCGCAGGCCCAAGCCCCUCGUCGACCCCGCCUGCAUCACCUCCAUCCGGCCCGGGGCCCCCAAGACCAUCGUGCGAGGCAGCAAAGGCGCCAAGGAUGGGGCCCUCACGCUGCUGCUCGGCGAGUUCGACCAAAUGUCGGUGACACGCUCCAACUCCCUGCGGAGAGACAGUCCCCCACCACCUGCCCAUGCACGCCAGGAGAAUGGGGUGCCUGCGGAGCCCCACGCCGUGGCCAGAGUGGGCCCAGAGAGGGGCGGCCAUGGCCGGGUCCCUGGACGCAGUGAUGGGGGUGGCGGCAGCGGGGACCGGCGGCGAGCAGGGCACGAGAAGAGGACCAAGCCUUCCCGGGAGGGCGCAGGGGGCCCCCAGGAGUCCUCCCGGGACAAACGCCCCCUCUCUGGGCCUGACGUCAGUGCCCCCCAGCCUGCUGGUCUGGCCAGUGGCACAAAGGCGGCAGCUGGCCGACCCUUUAACACUUACCCGCGGGCCGAUACGGACCACCCAUCCCGGGGCACCCAGGGGGAGCCUCACCACACGACCCCCAACGGGCCUUCCCCAGGGAGCCUGGCUGUCCCCCAGUCUUCCUCCUCCCGGCCUCCCAACCGAGCCCACGGCCCUCCCAGCCCUGGCGUGCUGGGCCCCCACGCCUCUGAGCCCCAGCUGGCCCCCACCGCCCGCACCCUCUCUCCUGCAGCUGGCCCACCAGCCCCCGGCCCCUCGGGCCCCCCAGGCCCCCGCUCCCCGCAGCGGGAGCCCCAGAGAGUGUCCCAUGAGCAGUUCCGGGCCGCCCUGCAGCUGGUGGUGGACCCUGGGGACCCCCGCUCCUACCUGGACAACUUCAUCAAGAUCGGGGAGGGCUCCACGGGCAUCGUGUGCAUCGCCACCGUGCGCAGCUCCGGCCGCCUGGUGGCCGUCAAGAAGAUGGACCUGCGCAAGCAGCAGCGGCGGGAGCUGCUCUUCAACGAGGUGGUGAUCAUGCGGGACUACCAGCACGAGAACGUGGUGGAGAUGUACAACAGCUACCUGGUGGGCGACGAGCUCUGGGUGGUGAUGGAGUUCCUGGAGGGGGGUGCCCUCACGGACAUCGUCACCCACACCAGGAUGAACGAGGAGCAGAUCGCCGCCGUGUGCUUGGCUGUGCUGCAGGCCCUGUCAGUGCUACACGCGCAGGGGGUCAUCCACCGCGACAUCAAGAGUGACUCCAUCCUGCUCACGCAUGACGGGCGGGUGAAGCUGUCGGACUUUGGAUUCUGCGCCCAGGUGAGCAAGGAGGUGCCCCGCAGGAAGUCCCUGGUUGGCACGCCCUACUGGAUGGCCCCAGAACUCAUCUCCCGCCUGCCCUAUGGGCCAGAGGUGGAUAUCUGGUCUCUGGGGGUGAUGGUGAUUGAGAUGGUGGACGGGGAGCCCCCUUACUUCAACGAGCCACCCCUCAAAGCCAUGAAGAUGAUUCGGGACAACCUGCCCCCACGGCUGAAGAACCUGCACAAGGUGUCACCGUCGCUGAAGGGCUUCCUGGAUCGCCUGCUGGUUCGCGACCCAGCUCAACGGGCCACCGCGGCCGAGCUGCUCAAGCACCCGUUCCUGGCCAAGGCGGGCCCGCCUGCCAGCAUCGUGCCCCUCAUGCGCCAGAACCGCACGCGAUGAGCCGGUGCCCUGCCCGCAGCCAAAGAGCCCCGGCCAUGCAGGGACACCCAGUGUGACACCGCCCCCAGGCAGGGGGUGGAGGGUGUGCGGCACCCUACUACUGAACUCGGGUUUGGAUCUUGGAAGCACACAGGGACUCGGGAGCAAGCGUGGCUCCCGGAGCCCGUGUGGCCUCGGGCCAGGCUGGACCCCUGCUUUCCUGUCUUCGCAAAGGCAGGUGUCCCCCCACCCCCAUCACUGGAAAUAUGCAGCGGGGGCUGCUGUUUUGAGGGGUGCACAAACACUACAAAAGAAAGGCGUGUGUGUGGUGGUGGCCCCGCGCCAGUGCUCAGACUCGCAUGUGAGCACGCACGCCCGUUUCCGCGUGCGCACUCUCGCCCGCACGUGGUGCGCGCUGUCUCGGGCGGUUCUCCAGGCUGCACGCGGUGUCAGAGACCCUGCCUGCCGUACAGCCCCCUCUCCCCCUGAGCCAUGGUGGGGGUCAAUCAUGAAUGUCUGAAGAGUGGCCUUUUCCUCAGCCCCGCACCCCCUUUUCUGUAGCUGGCUGGGGAGACAUGUUGGGAUACCCCCACCCCACCCCACCCCCAGCCUCUGCAGAAAACGACUACUGCACCCGGACCGCCUCCUCUUUUCUAGACGUCUAUUUAUAUUGUCAUUUUGUAACACUCGGGGGGAGCACCACCCCCACCCGGGGACUGAUGCCCCAGCCCUGGGGGGUCCGCCCUGGGCGGAGCCACAGCUGGAGAAUCAGGCUCCGCCCCCUGGGGCCGCCCCGCCCUCCCUUAGUUUCACAAUUAAAACAUUUUCUUGUUU